UCAAGACCUCGGAGGGGCCCAAACUUUCCAGUAGCAUCAAAGGUGGCUGCUGCACCGAAAAGAAGAUUCCAGCCCAAAAUUUAAUAAUAAGCGCCAAGUAUUAACAUUACAUUUUUGAUUUCAUUUUGAAUUACUACUAAAGAAAAAAAGACAACAUGACGAGUCUGCUGUACAUCACCUUGCUCGCCUUAACCCUGGCAGGCAGUGUGUACACUCAGCUGACGGACAUUGAUGCACCAUAUUCAGUUAAGGUGACCGCCGACCUUGGGGCCACCGUCACAUUGCCAUGUCGUCUUCCAGGAAGUGCUCAGAGCUUCUUCGGCGUCGGCAUUCGAGUCAAAUGGACCAAGGUAGAGGAGGAUGAGGCUCUGAAUGAAGACGUACUGCUUUCCAUGGGCUUCCACAAGAUGACCUACGGCAGCUUCGAGGAUCGCGUCCACCUGCAGGAGCUGGAUAGUGAUGAUGCUUCCUUGGUGAUGACUGACGUCUCGACCGAUGACACUGGAAAAUAUCGCUGUGAGAUCAUUAACGGGAUGAUGGACACUGUACAAGAGGUUGAACUGGAGGUGCGAGCUGGCCUCCUUGAUGGUGUGGUGUUUCCCUACUUUCCACCUCUCGGCCGCUACAGCUUUAACUUCGAUGAGGCGAUGCAAGCUUGUUUGGAUCAGGAAGCAACGAUCGCCACCUUUGACCAGUUGUUCGAUGAAUGGAAAGGCGGACUGGACUGGUGCAAUGCUGGCUGGCUGCAUGAUGGCACCGUGCAGUAUCCCAUCACAAAGCCAAGAGGGCCCUGCGGCGGCGCCAACAGCAUAGCUGGCGUCAGAAACUAUGGAAAGCGUGACAAAUACCUGAGCCGCUUUGACGUGUUCUGCUACUCUCCCAUCUUGAAGGGACGUUUCUACUGGCUAACGCAGCCUAACAGCCUCACCUUCGACGAGGCAGUGCAGGCUUGCAUUGACGACGGCGCAGAGAUCGCCAAGGUGGGCCACAUGUUCUCUGCGUGGAAGCUCGAAGGCUAUGAUCGCUGCGACGCCGGCUGGUUGGCCGACGGCAGCGUCCGCUACCCAAUCUCCCGACCCCGCAAGAACUGCAGCCCCACGGAGGCUGCAGUGCGCUUUGUUGGUUUCCCAGACAAGCAGCAGAAGCUCUUUGGUGUCUACUGCUACAAAGCUGAACCCUGAGUGGGUGAAGUAAAAGCCAUGGCCACCAAAGAGCUGCUAGCACAUUCCAAAAUAGUAACGAAUCUUUGGAUCGUGACUAGUACGAACAUCAUAACAUCCAGAAAUUGUGGUUACCUAUAAGAAGCAUUUACUGCACAGCUCACUACCAUAUGCAAUAGUUGCUAAAAAAAAAAUGCAUGCAUGUCAAACAUCAAUGUUGCAAUAUGAACUAUUUGCCAGAGACAAUAACUUGAUUGGUUUGUGCGGUCAUGUGAAGUUUAGGGUUGAUUCCUUUGCAAUUCUAGAAAACAAUACAUUUCAUAAACAUCACAAAUACUUAGCAACAGUUAACAUUUUAUACUACAGCAAAAUUUGCAUCUUCAACAUUGAAUGUAUUUUGUAUUGCUUAGUUUAGUGGGUCCGUGUACCUCCCGUCCAUUCGAUUUCCAAUUCGCCAAAGCAAAUCAAAAAAAUAAUUUUGGCCCAUUUUUUCUAUUUUUAUUUCCAAAACAAAAGUUGGACAGCUAUUUAAUGACAUUUUUUUUUAAAUGACAAUAGGGCGCCUGCUGAACAAAUGUGCUACUGUUAUGCUAAAAACAUGCUAGACACGGAAGUUCAAUUUGUCAUCACACUGAUAAACACAGGUUUUUGCAUUUUGGAAAAACGUGGUUUGGAUUGUUGUGUUUAUCUGGAAAAAUAAACAUAAAUGGAAAGAAAACAGCACAAAAUCAAAUUUUAUGGCAAUAUUUUUAUGAAAAUCAACACUAUUCUGUUUGUUUUCAAAUCCCUCAUAAAUAGUAAAAAUCGAAAAACGGCCCUAACUUUGUUUUUUGAUUUGGGUUUGAGAAUUGGAAAUAGAAUGAAUGGAAGGUACACAGACCUUAGUGGUCCAAUGUGUUUUAUUUUUUGUUUUUAAAUGAAUGUGAAAAUGAAUGAAUCAAUACAGACUUUGACUUAUCUGCAAAAAAUGCAAUAAAAUGAGAAGAAAUGGACACUUUA